AUGAAAUGGAGGAGAGUUUGGCUCUCUCGAUCCUACAGCACCCUCCUCCUUCCGGAAGAGAUCCACAGGCUGCGCAACAGCCUCGCUCACGCAGACUCGGCAACGUUUGCUCUGCUGCUCCGGCACUGCAGCAACGCGAGGGCGCUACAACAGGGCAAGUUGAUCCAUUCGUAUAUCAUCGACAAAGGCUACGGUCAGGACACCUUCCUCGGUAAUCUCUUGGUAAAAAUGUACUCCGACUGUGACUGCAUUCAGGACGCCCAGGCGGUGUUCUCUAGCAUCCGUCACAAGAACGUCUUCUCGUGGAACAUCAUGACUGCAGCAUUUGCCCAAACGCGGGAUAUGCAGAAAGCGAGGAAAUGCUUUGAUCAGACACCGCGGAAAGACGCAGUUUCAUGGACGACCAUGAUGUCGGCUUAUACGCAAGUUGGAAAGUGCAAAGAGGCCUUGCAGCUGUUCAAGCUCAUGGAUCUGAGCGGUGUCUACCCGGAUCAAGGCGCAUUCGUCAGCGUUCUCAAUGCCUGUGCUAGCGAAGCCUCGGCAUCCGAGAGGAGAGAAAUCCUAGAGCACCUUGAAGCUGGAGUUUCGGAUCUGGAUGUGGUGCUUGGAACUUCCAUGGUUGGCAUCUACGGGAAGUCUGGAGAGAUUGACAAGGCCCGAGCGGUGUUUCGACAAAUGCCCAAGAGGAACGUUGUCUCGUGGACGGUGAUGGUCGAGGCAACUGUGGAGGAUGGGAACCUCCAGAGGGCGAGGGAGCUCUUUGAGAAGAUGCCGGAAUGGACGACGGCUUCGUGGGUGGUAGUGAUCAGCGCUUACGCAAGGCUCGGGGAAUUGCUCGAGGCCGAGAGUUUGCUUGACAGAAUGCUGUAUCAAAACGUUGCCGCCUGGACUGUCGUAAUUGCAGCAAAUGCACAUAUGGGGCAUGUGCAAGAGGCUGCGUUUCUGUUUCAGCGAAUGGAUCAGGCGGGCGUGCCUCCGGAUAAGAUCACACUCGUCAACAUUCUGGAUGGCUGCGCAAAGUUUGGGGCGCUAGCUAUCGCGAAAACCAUCGAAUCUGGAAUCGCAGAUACCGAGUUCAUGAAGGAUGACGCUGUAGUCACGAAUUUAAUCAACGUUCAUGGCAAGUGCAGCAGCGUGAAGCACGCAAUCGAGCUCUUCGAGGGAGAGGCCUUCCUCCUGGACAGUGUGAUUCUAUGGUCAUCUACAAUGGCAGCACUCGCACAGAACGAUCGAGCGCGCGAAGCGAUCGAGCUCUUCCACUGCCUACAACUUUACGGGAUGGAACCAACGAGGAUCACUUUCAGCAUCGUUCUCUUCGUUUGCAGUCACGGUGGCAUGAUGAAACGAGGGUGGGAGAGCUUCCUGGCUAUGCAAGCUGAUCACUUCCUCAACCCGGAUGUUGAUCACUUCGUUUCCAUGAUCGACCUCCUGGGAAGAUGCGGAUGGCUCGACCUUGCUUUCGAGCUGAUCGAGACAAUGCCGUUUGUGCCAGACGACGUUGCUUGGACGAUCCUGCUCAACACAUCCAAGCUCUACGAUGAGUCGACACGAGCGCGGUUGGCGGCGAAGCACCUGAUGGAACUUGGAGACGAAGACUCGGCGCCUUAUGUCUUGCUAGCUGGUGUUUGCCGUUCUAGCUCUCCGCAACAAGACGAGGAACUCUUUCCCCACAGCCUCUCGCUGUGA